UUCUUCCCGAUUGGGAUUCAGUCGCCAUGAGGGACAGGAAUGUUGACUGGAAGACUUCAUAAAGCAGUGAGUUCAUUCAGGGUGGAAUCUAGAUCUCUUGUUCCUCCGGAUUGACUCGUCUGGUGUCUCAUUAAGAGGGCAGGCUGAACAGGUUUUGAGUUGUUCACAACACAAAUGAGAUUAGACAGUCGGCUAAUAACAGAGCAUCCGACUAACAAAGCAUGGAGGACGUCACAUCACUAUUUCUGAAGUUUAAGGGCUAAACAACAACAGGAGGCAGGCAUGGAGGCAGAAAAAGCCACGAUCCACUGCAAACUCUGCCUGACCAACUGUCCUGAACUGGACACCAGCACAUUGCAGUCCUGUAACUGUGUGUUCUGUGUGCAGUGUUUAAGGCAGUAUGUCCAGUUGGCUAUUCGGGGCGGUGCGGGCAGUGCCAUCACCUGCCCUGAUCCAGCCUGCAAGAACACCGGAACUCUGCUGGACUCUGAGCUUGCCUUGUUUGCCCCCAGCGAUCAGUUUGAGCUCUAUCAGCGGCUCCGAUUUGAAAGAGGAGUUCAGUUAGACCCCAGUAAGGCUUGGUGUCCCAAGCUGGACUGCCAGGCCGUGUGCAGUGUGACACCUGAAACCGAAGGCAAACCGGUUCCUGUGCCCUGCCCCACGUGCCAUGAUGUCUUCUGCUGCGGCUGCAGAAGCCCCUGGAUAGAUGGUCACUCCUGCUCCCAGCACCAGCCACUGAUGGUACCAUCAGCAGACAGUGAACUGAGCAGCACUGAUACUGAUGCAGCCAUUAAACAGUGUCCAGUGUGUGGCGUCUACAUAGAGCGCAAUCAGGGCUGUGCGCAGAUGCUCUGCAAGAGCUGCAAACACACGUUCUGCUGGUACUGCCUACAGAAUCUGGAUGGCGAUAUAUUUCUGAGACAUUACGAUAAAGGACCAUGCCGAAACAAGCUGGGACACUCCAGAGCUUCUGUCAUGUGGAACAGGACACAGGUGGUCGGUAUACUGGUGGGCGUCAGCAUCAUCGUGCUAGUGACGUCACCACUGCUGCUGCUGGCCUCUCCCUGCAUCCUGUGCUGCGUGUGCAAACCCUGCCAGGCCAAGAAGACCAAGAAAAAGAAGAAAGACAAGAAGCCAUCAGAUUCCACCGCAUAGGAGAACUCUUAAUAAUCAAUAUGUGUAGCAUCCUCCCCGUGCCAAUCCUCAGUCUCGCUAGCCAGGUGCACAAGUGCCUCAUUCUCAGUGCCUGGUAAAUUCGGUGGAUUUAUUUUGCCUUCAGGUGCAAUGGUAUGGGAAAAAGCAGCAUGUUGCUUAUUGAGUAAACAAAGUAAAGGAAUGGCCCUUUCUCCACCAAGCCCAAACCUUCGUUCAUGUGUACUAUAGAGGCUACAUUAUAAAAAUAUUCAUGAACUGUAGCAAUGGGUUAAACUCUUUUUGUUUCCAUGUAGCGUUCCAGACCAAAGUCCCUGCUGUUUUUUCUUGUGUACUAUAAUGUGUAAAUACUGUAUUUAUGAGUCUGGGUACUGUUCUGUUCUUUUUAAAUUUGUUGAUUUUUCUGCAUCAGCUAUUUUAUAACUUCAUUACAAUAAACUAAACACCUGAGCAGUGAAA